AUACAAAGGCACAAACAAUCUUCUGCUUUGUCUUCCACUACGAAGAAAACUUCACCUCAGUGACACUUCCCAAAAUUUUUUCUCCAACCCUUGCUCAGCAAACACACCACACUCAGCAUGGCGGAGCGCUACAUUCCUGAGCAUCGACGCACUGCCUUCAAGGCCAAAGGCGCCUUCAAGCCAGAUGAGCUUAGGAGACGACGUGAAGAGCAGCAGGUCGAAAUUCGAAAGGCAAAACGCGAGGAGAAUCUUGCAAAACGUCGUGGUAUUGCAGGUCGUGACGCUCCUGGAGCCUCACUGGGCGCUGCUCCUGAUAGCGAUGAUGAGGGAGGAAAUAUUGAGACACAGCUCAACGAAGAGCUCCCGCAGAUGGUCAAGGGUGUCUUUUCAGAUCAGAUCGACGAGCAGAUUCAAGCCACAACCAAGUUCCGUAAGCUCUUGUCAAAAGAACGCAACCCGCCCAUCGAGCGUGUCAUCGAGACUGGCGUGGUCAGCCGCUUUGUGGAGUUCCUCAAAUCACCCCAUACCCUCGUACAAUUUGAAGCCGCGUGGGCGCUUACCAAUAUUGCCUCUGGUUCUGCUCAGCAGACUCAGGUCGUUAUUGAGGCGGGUGCCGUGCCUAUCUUUGUCGAGCUUCUAAGCAGCCAUGAACCCGACGUACGGGAACAGGCCGUCUGGGCUCUUGGUAAUAUUGCUGGUGAUAGCCCCACCUGCCGUGAUUAUGUUCUUUCUCAAGGUGCUCUUCGGCCCUUGCUGAACCUACUGGGUGACAGCCGCAAGCUGAGUAUGCUCCGCAACGCCACUUGGACUCUAAGCAACUUCUGCCGUGGCAAGACGCCACAGCCAGACUGGAAUCAGAUCGCCCCAGCUCUACCUGUCCUCGCCAAACUUGUCUAUUCCCUUGACGAUGAGGUACUUAUUGAUGCCUGUUGGGCCAUUUCGUAUCUUUCCGACGGCUCCAACGACAAGAUUCAGGCAGUCAUUGAAGCAGGUAUUCCUCGGCGCCUUGUAGAGCUCUUGAUGCAUGCAUCGACUUCCGUCCAGACUCCAGCUCUUCGCUCAGUCGGUAAUAUAGUAACGGGUGACGACGUUCAGACCCAGGUUAUCAUCAACUGCGGCGCCCUUCCUGCUCUUUUGUCGCUGCUAAGCUCGACGAAGGAUGGGAUCCGAAAGGAGGCAUGUUGGACAAUAUCCAACAUCACGGCAGGCAACUCGACCCAAAUUCAGGCCGUCAUCGAUGCAAACAUUAUCCCGCCACUUAUUCAUCUACUUCAGAAUGGGGACUUCAAGACCCGCAAAGAGGCUUGCUGGGCUAUUUCAAAUGCCACUUCAGGCGGUCUUCAGAAGCCAGAACAAAUCCGCUACCUCGUACAAUGCGGCUGCAUCAAGCCUCUUUGCGACUUGCUGGCUUGUCCAGAUAACAAAAUCAUCCAAGUUGCUCUUGACGGCCUUGAGAACAUUCUAAAGGUCGGCGAAAUGGACAAGGAAGCUAAUGAGGGUAAUGGUGAGUCUAUCAACCGCUAUGCCUUGUUCAUCGAAGAAUGUGGUGGCAUGGAGAAGAUCCAUGACUGUCAGAACAACGCCAAUGAAGAGAUAUAUAUGAAAGCAUACAACAUCAUUGAGAAGUACUUCUCAGAUGAGGACGAGGAAGGCGCUCAGGACAUGGGUGCCUUGCCCGCCGUUGGUCAAGAUGGUACAUUCGGCUUUGGUAGCACUCAGGGACAAGUCCAGCAAAACUUCAAUUUUGGAAGCAACCAGCAAGAUUCCAUGGACAUGUAGAUGGUAACGGGAUCUUUUUGAACCUCGGACAUUGAAGGGUAUUUCGGACGAUCCCACGAGGCUUCAGAGGCCCUACGAUCAAAUUUCAAUCGCCGAAUCCCACCAACCCACUUCACGUCAGCACCACAUCCCCAGUUCUCACCUCUUUACACCAACCUGAUACCCCGGUGCGAUUCCUUGAACCCCUUCGUCACGACCGCCACGAACACAUAUACAGCAUAUAAUCACCUCACUCCAUCCCCUUCUCGACCGACACGAAAGACGCUCAUCUCCCAUCUCUCUCGUCCAUAAGCAUCAACCCCCCGGCGUUCCACAGGACGAGGAAGAGAUACACGCGAGUUCAGGUUCCGACUUCAUUUGUUUUUUGCUUUAGUAUGAUUUCAAAGUUUAUGACUGCAAGUGGUCAUAGCUGCGGCAGGCUAUUAGGAAAUCAGAGGUGAAGAUCGAAUGGAAGUGUUUGUACUGAAAUGAUAGACGAAAAGUGUAGUGUGUAGCUUAGCGCAUCAGAUGGAUCUGAGCCUUUUAACUUCCUCACCGUUUCCUACACAACGUAAA